AUGGCUAAGAAGACCAAUGUCGUUGUCGGGCUCGAUAUCGGAACCCACAAGAUCUGCGCCGUGGUGGGAGAGCAGACGGACCAGGGACCGGAAGUGGUGGGCGUCGGUAUCCACCCGUCGCGGGGCUUGAGGAAGGGCGUGGUGAUCAAUGUCGAGGCCACCAUGGAAGGCAUCAAGAAGGCGGUGGAGGAGGCCGAGAUCAUGGCCGGGUGCGAGAUCAACACGGUCUUUGCCGGAAUUGCCGGGGGGCACAUCCGGGGGUUCAACAGCCAUGGUGUCGUGGCCGUCAAGAACAAGGAAGUGACCGACGCCGAUGUGGACCGGGUCAUCGACGCGGCCAAGGCAGUGGCCAUCCCCAUGGACAGGGAAGUGCUCCACGUGUUGCCGCAGGAAUUCGCCAUCGACGGCCAGGGCGGCAUCCAGGAGCCCCGGGGCAUGGCCGGGGUCCGGCUGGAGGCCAGCGUGCACAUCGUCACGGGGGCGGUGGCCGCGGCGCAGAACGUCAUCAAGUGUUGCAAUCGAACCGGUCUCAACGUGGCGGAUUUCGUACUCGAGCCGCUGGCGUCCGCCGACGCGACCUUGACCCAGGAAGAGAAGGAACUGGGCGUGGCGCUGGUGGACAUGGGCGGCGGCACCACCGACAUCGCGUUGUUCCAUGGCGGCUCGGUGAAGCACACGGCGGUGCUGGGCGUGGGAGGAAACCACGUCACCAGCGACAUCGCCGCCGGCUUGCAUGCCCCGAUGGCGGCCGCGGAGCAGUUGAAGCAGCGUUACGGAUGCGUGGGAACCGACCUGAUCAACCGCGACGAUAUGCUGGAGGUGCCCAGCGUGGGAGGACGGAGCCCGCGCUCGGUGUCACGUCAGAUCCUGUGCGAAAUCAUCGAGCCUCGCCUGGAGGAAGUCUUUCAUAUGGUGCGGCGGGAGAUCGGCAAGUCCGGCUAUGAGGACCACCUGGUGUCGGGCAUCGUGAUGACAGGCGGCUCCACGCUCCUGCCGGGAAUCAUCGAGAUGGCGGAAAGGAUCUUCAACGUGCCGGUGCGCCAGGGCGUGCCGGCCAACGUCACGGGUCUGGUGGACGUGGUCUCCAGUCCGGUCUACGCCACCGGCACCGGGCUUCUUCUGUACGGCCUCGGGCAACAGGACCGGAAUCCGUUUCGGAUCCGGGACAGCGACCCUCUGUUCUAUAAGGUCCGGGGCCGGAUGACGGAGUGGUUCAAGGAGUUCUUCUAG